AUGACUGGAGGAUACAGUCACAGCUCCAUGGCCCCUAUGCCUUCUCUGCCGAGCUCAGUACCAGCGAGGCUAGAGAAGGUUUUUCUGAGUUUCCCUAGCAUGGAACUUCACAGUGAAAGUUUGAUGCUUCCAUGGAAAUUGAGAAUAUUGCCAGUGGUUGGUUUUGAGGGAGACAUCUGCUUCCGGGGCUGUGGCCAUCACAUUCCCAGCCUCAGCAGGCCGCUGAGCUGCACCUGGUACCAGAAACAGACACCACCAAUCUCUGAGUCCUGGCUGCCCUUGUGCCACUGUCAGCCUUCUCAGCCAGUCAUGCUAGAUCAUCUGAGCUUGAUGCCCACACAAAUGGAUUACAAGGGCCAGAAGCUUGAACAGAUGUUUCAGGGAAUUAUUCUUUUUCCUGCAAUAGUUCGAUUUAUCUAUGGGUACGUGGCUCAACAGUUGGGGUGGACUAUCUAUAUAGUUAUGACAGGAUUUGCUUUUUCAUGUUUGUUGACACUUCCUCCAUGGCCUAUUUAUCGUUGACAUCCCAUCAAGUGGUUACCUGUUCAAGACUCAGGCUCAGAAGACAAGAAACCAGGGGAAAGAAAAAUUAAGAGGCAUGCUAAAAAUAACUAAUUAGGGUUUUCAUGAUUUAGCUUUACUAUUGCAUCUGCUUUUGUUUUGUGUGAGAUGAGGUCAAAACA